GCUGCAGCUGCCGUCAUGCCCAACAUCAAGAUCUUCAGUGGGAGCUCGCACCAGGACCUGUCCCAGAAGAUAGCCGACCGCCUCGGCCUGGAGCUGGGCAAGGUGGUCACGAAGAAGUUCAGCAACCAGGAGACGUGCGUGGAAAUUGGCGAGAGCGUACGAGGGGAGGAUGUCUACAUCGUGCAGAGUGGCUGUGGAGAGAUCAAUGACAAUCUGAUGGAGCUCCUUAUCAUGAUAAAUGCCUGUAAGAUUGCUUCAGCCAGCAGAGUCACAGCUGUCAUACCCUGCUUCCCUUACGCUCGACAGGACAAAAAGGACAAGGUAAGAGAUGUGGUAAAGAGUCGAGCUCCAAUCUCUGCCAAGCUGGUUGCAAACAUGCUGUCUGUUGCGGGUGCAGAUCAUAUAAUCACCAUGGACCUGCAUGCCUCUCAGAUUCAGGGCUUUUUUGAUAUUCCUGUUGAUAACUUGUAUGCUGAGCCUGCUGUACUGAAAUGGAUCAAGGAGAAUAUUGCAGAGUGGAAGAACUGCACCAUUGUUUCACCAGAUGCUGGUGGAGCCAAGAGAGUGACCUCCAUUGCAGAUCGCUUAAACGUAGACUUCGCCCUCAUUCACAAGGAGCGCAAGAAGGCCAACGAAGUGGAUCGCAUGGUGCUGGUGGGUGAUGUCAAAGACAGAGUGGCCAUUCUGGUAGAUGAUAUGGCAGACACCUGUGGUACCAUCUGUCAUGCUGCAGACAAGCUUGUGUCAGCUGGAGCCACCAAAGUUUAUGCCAUCUUAACCCAUGGGAUCUUCUCUGGGCCAGCAAUUUCUCGCAUCAACAAUGCCUGUUUUGAGGCAGUUGUAGUCACAAAUACAAUACCCCAGGAGGACAAGAUGAAACAGUGCCCCAAAAUCCAGGUGAUUGACAUCUCAAUGAUCCUUGCCGAGGCCAUCAGGAGGACUCAUAAUGGGGAAUCUGUCUCCUACUUAUUCAGCCAUGUCCCAUUAUAACAACAGAUGUCAGCUGCUGCUUGUAUGGCUUUUUUUUUAAAAACCAAAAGUUGUUCAGCUUGUUGUAAAGUUCAGUAGAAGACUCUGCUUGUUCCAGUGCAGUUCUCCACAGCUACUCCUGCUUAAGUGAGGCCUGCUGGCUCUGAUCCCCCAACACAGGGAAGCUGGGAGGGGAAGCUCAUCUCUGUAACACUCCCAGCUCCACCAGCAACCCUGUGCAUUAGGGCUCAGUAGUAUUGAUGAGGAUCAGUUCUGCAGAUCUGUGGAGAGCAGGACUGACACAUGGCUAAUUGCCUCAA